AUGUGGUACACCAUUCGAGACGCGUUCGAGAAAGCAUGGCUCUCUCAGGACGACGAUUUAGUCACUAUUUCGUCCUUCCGCGAGCCCGAGUCUUUGAAACCUGAAACAGCGGACGUCCAAAACACUAGCAGCAGCAGCCAAUCCGGAGCGAGCCUAAGGGAACAGGAUGUUCUGGCGAAGACUCUUCAUACGGAGGAGACGGAAUCUACUGAUGAUGGUGAGAAGAAUCUGCGCUACGAGAGUCAGGAAUGGCAGUUUCUGGACGCGGGUGACGGUUACCACACGAUCAAGAACCGGCACUCUGGCGAUUCUAUCCGCCACUGGCGAGGCGAAGACGUCACCGCCGUUCCAGAUGCUGACGUGUCGAAUUUCAACCACCAGUGGAAGCUCUACGACGUGGGGAACGGCCUCGUCGCUAUCAGGAACCGCUGUACAGGUAUGGUGCUGGCGCGCUGUCUCGAUGCCGUGAUGGCGUAUAACGGGGAUGAGAGGAACCCGAACCAUUGGUGGAAAAUAGAGGAGGUGUCUCCGUCAGCAGUGUACUAUGUCGGACCUUGGGAGUACCUUCGGAAUCGCAGGAGCGGCAGGGUGCUGCAGCACUCGCAUCAUCAGCAGACGUUGACGGAUUCCGUCAAGCCUGGCAGCUCCGUCAAUCCUACCAGUACCAACACUGUUCAGUCCGUCAAAGCGGUAGAGCUGAUUCCUGGCGACGUCACCCAGCAGUGGCGGCGGGUUGCCGUAUCAGAGGGCUACACGUGCCUGCAGAAUCGCUCCUCCGGAUUUCUCCUCACUGUGAUAUAUGAGGCGCCUCUGAGCUCCUCCCUGCGCACCACGAACAGCGACACCACUGUUCGUGGCGCCUCUGACUCCAGGGCCGAAUCAUGCGCGAUUACCACUGUCACUGCGUCGCUGGCAGCAGCACUUCCAGUGGAGGAAGCCCAGGCGAGGAACAACGAGGUGACUCGUGAGGGCAAUCAGUGGCUGCUGGCGGAGGUCAACGGCUUGGAGAUCUUCACUCUGCAGAGCCGCCAGGGGGGAGCGUUUCUCGAGAACACGUGCGGGGAGAAGGUGCGAGGAAGCUUGGGAGCGGUGGAGGCGAGCACGUGCUGCCAGUGGGCCGCCAUCCGUGCGGAUGAGCUUGAUGACGUGGCCAAGGCAACAGUGGAUGACGUGGCGGGAUCCCCACUGGAACUCUUCAAAGCGCCUCGGAAGUCCAAAGCAGCGGUGCUUCUUGAGGCGCCUAAAAAAUCCAUGCUGGAGCUUGCACUUGGUAAAUCCACGCCCCUGCAGCCCGUGCUGCAACAUUCUCUGCCAGCCUCGCCGUCUUCGCUGCCAGACGACUCGACACCAGCCACACCUACAACGCCUGCUAAACUCGAACCCUUGCUAUCACCAUCACCACAAUCAGGAUCAUCCCAGCCGCCACAUUUGAUGCCAAAACUCCUGUCAAUUUCUACCGAGUUGACGGAAGGGGCGUUUGACGGGGGGUUAGAGUCAAGGGACAAGGGAAUUGACGGGGAGCGAUACUCCACCACGGCUCUACCCGUGCUCCUCCCCUGGAGCUACCUUCGCAACCGAGUCACUGGCAUGGCUCUUGCUGCGCAUGCGAGCGGCAGCGUGGAGGCGCGGGAGUUUGAAGGGGGGAGCCUGCAGCAGCAUUGGCGCGCUGUGAGUGUGGGCAGGGUCGCAUCCGCACCUGCAGUCUCCUACUUCUUUCUUCAGAACCGCGCCUCUGGGUUCGUUCUGAGCCACUCCUGGUGGGGCAGCCACGUGGCUGCUAAUGACUGCCACGUGGCAGGGGAGUACAGCCAAUGGGAGCUGAGAGGCGCGUGCGGAGGGUUCUGGGCGAUCAAGAACCGAGGCAGCGGGAAAGUUCUGGAUCAUUUCUUUGGGAUAAGCAUUCAGGCUUAUAGCGAGGAUGAACUACAGUAUCAGCACCACUGGACCAUCACCCCUGCAGGGACCACUGGUGGGAAGGCGCACUGGGAGCAGGAGGAGGAAGAGAGCGGUGACAAGUGGUGCAAAGCGGUGCAGGGUGGUGGUGAAGGGAUGGUGAGCCUCGCACUUGUAGUGGACCGAUCGUGGAGCUAUGUGUUCAACCGGGACAGUGGGAAGGCGUUGGCUGUGUGUGAAGAGAAUGUUGAGGCUGUGGACUAUGAGUGGGGAGCCUUGGAACAGCAGUGGCGAGUAGUGAAGACGGAAAAGGGUUACCAUGUGUUGCAGAAUCGCGUGAGCGGGCUGGUUCUGGAUCAUUACAGUGGGCAGCGGAUCGGGGCGUAUGACAAUGAUUUCAGCAGCGAGUAUCACAAGUGGCAGCUGAGAGACAUAGAGGGAGGCGUGUAUGUAGUAUUGAAGAACAAGAAAACGGGUAUGGUGCUGGACCAUUACUAUUGGGAGCGGUUGGAAGCGGUGAGGGGUGAUGAGAAGAACAAGGCGCAGCACUGGAGGGUGGUGCCUGCCAGGCAGAUGGUACGAGAGGGCAUGGGUCCCCAGCCUUCCCCUGAGACCGAAACCGUGGUGGGAGAUUUGAUUUCCCUCUGGGAGAGAGACAGUGUGCCCAAGGGGAAGCUGAAGGGGGUGUAUCUAGUGGAGGGUGGCAAGCCUCGUCACGGCAUUCGGGUGGUGAAGUCGGGGUUUCGUCAGAGCCGUCAGAUCCAUCUGCUGCAAGUGAGCAUCCAAGGGCUGGCAUACGCGAGUGUGGCUGUGCCGGCUGGAGUGGAGGUGGGGAGGGGGAGGAUCCGGGCGGCACUGAGGAGGAGUGCGGAGGGGGGAGGGGAGGUGGUGGUGGUUGACUCGCUUGACUUGAUGAGAAUUCCCGAGGUGGAAGGGCCGUUGGUGAAUCUGGUUGUGUUUGUGGGGGUAGCUGCGGAGCAGGUUUGCAUGUGA